UGUUAUUGGACCUGCACAGCAGUGGGUAGUGUAGAAGGAUCAGCGGAUGGAACCAGAACCUUUUGAUUCAGGCUGCUGGACAUCACAGCGUCAAAGGAAAACUACAGAUAGUGAAGUUAGUCUGUGAAUUAUAGAGCUGCAGGUAACAUGGUGGAUAGAUGGACGUCUAGAUCUGUCAUUGUGAAGCCAGCAGGCACUUCCUGUUUGGAAUGCCGGGGGAGGGGUCACUCAGUCCAGUUCUCAUAUGCAGUCAGUGGUUUAUACUCACUACUGAGGGAGAAAAAGGAGGAGAACUCACUGCAGGGUUUAGAAAUGAAUGGAUACGAGUGUGUGAUUGAGAUCCUGCGACAGACUGGCGACCCAUCCAGUGUGACCCCGCCUUCGUCCACCAGUGUUAGGGUUAGGCUCCAGCACCCCCGUGAACCUGAAAGGGACAAAACGGUUCAGAAAAUGUUCUCCCUGAAGUGACGUUCAAUCCGGUGGACUGUAGCUCUGCGGCUCCUGCUGCUCAGAAACAGACUCUGACCCUGAAAGGUCACAGACUCCGUGGUCGUGUAUGACGCCAUGCCGACUGGGCACCUCUGUAACCUGCCCCGUCCUCCUGCAGCACACCUUGACGGGCCACAGCGGGAAGGUUCUGUCGGCCCGCUUCCUGCUGGACAACGCGCGCAUCGUGUCAGGCAGCUACGACCGCACGCUCAAGCUGUGGGACCUGCGCAGCAAAGUCUGUAUGAAGACUGUGUUUGCUGGCUCCAGCUGCAACGACAUCGUGUGCACGGAGCAGUGUGUCAUGAGUGGUCACUUUGACAAAAAGGUUCGCUUCUGGGACAUCAGGGCCGAGAGCAUCGUACGUGAGAUGGAGCUACUUGGCAGAGUCACCUCACUGGACCUGAACCACGACCGCACCGAGCUGCUCACCUGCUCCAGAGACGACCUGCUGAAGAUCAUCGACCUGCGCAGCAACGCCGUCCGGCAGACGCUCAGCGCUCAGGGCUUCAAGUGUGGAGCCGACUGGACCCGAGUCACCUUCAGUCCGGACGGCAGCUACGUGAUCGGAGGCUCCGCUGAUGGAGCUCUGUACAUCUGGAACGUCCUGACGGGGAAGGUGGACCGGGUUCUGGACCGGAACCACAA